AUGGGCUCGUUGACGACCCCGGACGCUGUCUACGCCUCCCAACUCUUCCGCUGCGGUGAAGGUCUACCGCUAUGGUCGCCCGAGCACACGAAGCACGGGGAGGUCCUCGUCGGGGAUGUGGGCUAUAUGCGCCAUGGGGCGUUCUACCGCCUGUUUAAUGCAACGAAAGCCGCGGACGAUCCCAUAAACAAGGAGUACGGCGUCCCCAACGGGAACUCGUACAAGCCAUUCACUCAAUCGCAGUACGGGCUUAAUAGAGAUCUCAAUGCCAUCUCCCCGGGCCCGAUGUGCAGCAAGAGCCUCACGAAGCUUAUAGUUGGCGGCGGAGCGGGGACGCAUGGGGUGGAUGCGAGCUUCCACUUCAAGUGCACCGACGACCAGGGCGCUUUCCUACUCCUCAAAGACGCUGCAACAAGGGAGGAGCUACAUCCGAGUCGUCGUAUGGAAAACUACAUGCACCGGAACUUCCGGAGCUGGCAGUCGUUUGCGGUGGACGAUCUGGAUGUCGAUCUACAGCCGGAGGACAUCAUGUUCGUGCGCGGCUGGGUGAAGACGACGCAGUGGGCCGUGGCGGCGAUCACGCACGAGGGACGCGAAGCGAGGGUGUCGAUCAGUGGGGAGAUUGGUUCGGUGGCGGACGCACAUCUCUCGAUCCACAAGUCUGACGAGGUCUCUAAUUACUACGCUCACCGCACGGGGCCAUCGCGGAUACUGCAUCGGAAGCGGCACAAGCACCACCAUUCAUCGGACAGUGGAUCUGUCGAGCCAUCAGAGCGCGACGACGCAGACCAGCUGGAUCAAUGUAUCUUCCUGCACUACUACAAGCUAAAGAGAAGACGAUUCCUGGGGUUCAAGAAGCUGGAGGCGGCUGCCGAACCUCGCGAUCCAUCCGGACCUCACGACGACGACGAUGAAUUCGUGGUGGAAGAGGCAUCGGCGAGAGAGAAGGCGAGUAUGCCUAUGCGAUUUAGGCGAGAUAGCCAAGCCUAA